CCCGCCCCGGCUCCGCCUCCGCCCGCCAUGGUGAGCGCGCCCUGAGGGGAGCCGCCGCCAUCGUCCGCCGCGGCCCCGCUCGCGCCGGGGGAACCGCCGCAAGGCUCCGGCGGCUUCUCUCCGUCGGGGAGCUGGUUCGACUCGCCCAUGAGCUCCCCCCGCAGCGCCUCGGCUGGGGAAGCGCGUUUGUAUACAUAUAUAUUUAUAUUUUUAUAUGUGUAUAAUAUCACCAGCCGCUAAAGGGCAGGCGGGGUCUGCGCGGCACGUGCAGCGCGGCGCGGUCGCCCCGGGGCCGGUGCCGGUCCGGUCCGGUGCCGCCGCGGCGCCUCCCGCUGCUGAGGGAGGCAGAACCGCCCGGGCUGCGCGGCGGGAGCCUCCGUUCCCAGCACGGGAAUGCGGCAGGGGAGCCGGACCCGCCUCGGCGUGGAGAGGAACGGCUCUUCGGUCUGCCUCGAAAGGGACACCCUGGAGUAAAGGCUCGACCAACUCUGCUAUCCGGUGCUCCCGUCAUAGUUACAUGCUCACCCAUAAGCUGCAUUAGAGAAUGGCCACGAUGCCAAAGCAGGUAAAUGGCCAAAAAGAUGACUCUGUCAUCCACAGUGACCUCAGUGACUCUUUUGAAGAAGAAGUAAGAGCUUUUCUCAGUGAUAAAGAAAAACUACAUCUUUUUGAUGACCUAACAAAAGUUAAUCCGGUGACAACUACAACAGUUCUGAAAUGUCUUCAAGCAAGAUAUGCAGUAAACUUGUUUUAUACAAAUGCUGGCUGUAGCCUUGUGGCUUUAAAUCCAUUUCAGUCUGUCUCUUGCCUCUAUUCGCCUGAGCUUAUGAGAGAGUAUCACGUUGCACUUCGCCCUCAGGAUUUAAAACCUCACAUAUUUGCAGUGGCUGAGCAAACCUACAGAAAUGUCCAAAGCCAGAUAGAGCCCAUAAACCAGUCUAUAAUUGUUAGUGGAGAAAGUGGUGCUGGGAAGACCUGGACAUCUCGCUGCCUUAUGAAAUUUUAUGCUACUGUUGCUGCUUCAGUUACUUCCCCAAAAGGCAAUGAAACUGUGGAAAGGAUAGAGAAGAGAGUUUUGGAUUCCAACCCUGUCAUGGAAGCAUUUGGAAAUGCAUGUACCCUGCGGAAUAACAACAGUAGUCGUUUUGGAAAAUAUAUCCAGCUUCAAUUAGACAGAUUCCACCAUCUGAGUAGUGCUUCCAUUCAGACAUUCCUUUUGGAGAAGACCAGAGUUGCCUAUCAGGCCCCCAGUGAAAGAAACUUUCAUAUUUUUUAUCAGAUCACAAAAGGUGCCACUGCAGAAGAGAGGUUGGAAUGGAACCUUCCUGAAGGGGCUGACUACCGCUGGCUGCCAAAUUCUGAAAAAAACUUAGAUGAGGACUGCUUCAAGGUGACCAGAGAGGCAAUGUUUCACUUGGGCAUUGAUCACUCCAUGCAGAACAAUAUUUUCAAGGUAUUGUCAGGCCUUCUCCAUCUUGGGAACAUUCAAUUCUCUAAUUCACUGGAUGAAUCUCAGCCUUGUGAACUAGAAGACAAAGCCAAAGAUUUUGUGAAGACCACUGGAGAUUUGCUGAAGAUACCCAUGGAGAAGCUGCUAGAAGCUUUAAGAAUUCGAACAAUAACUGCUGGAAAACAACAACAAGUCUUCAAGAAGCCAUGCUCCAGAGCUGAAUGUGAGACUAGGAGGGACUGCCUGGCCAAAGUGAUCUAUGCUAAAUUGUUUGAAUGGCUCGUUUUCGUCAUAAACGAAAGCAUCUACGCAGAUCCGUUGGUGUGGACCAACUUCAUAGGUUUGCUGGAUGUUUAUGGUUUUGAAUCGUUCCCUGAAAACAACUUGGAACAGCUUUGUAUUAAUUAUGCCAAUGAGAAACUGCAGCAGCACUUUGUAGCACACUAUCUGAAGGCGCAACAGGAAGAAUAUGCAGCUGAAGGUCUAGAAUGGUCUUUCAUAAACUACCAAGACAACCAGAACUGCCUUGAUUUGAUAGAGGGCAGUCCUCUCAGCAUUUUUUCUUUGCUGAAUGAGGAGUGUCGUCUGAAUAGAUCUUCUAACACUGACCUGUUUCAAACUCGGAUUGAGAAAGCCUUGUCUAAUAACCAAUGUUUAAGUCGAAACAAGUUUAGUAAGAAGCCUAAUUUUAUUAUUUCACAUUAUGCUGGCAAAGUCUGCUAUCAGCUGGCAGCAAUGGUGGAGAAAAAUAAGGACCCCAUUCCACCAGAGCUGGUCCAUGUUUUGCAGAAUUCUCAGGACCCUUUGCUUCAAAAAUUAUUUCCUGUGACAGAAAGGAACCAAAAUAACAUCAAAACCCAGAACAGGGCAGCUGUUGUUACAGUGGUGUCAAAGUUCAAGGGUUCACUUGAACAUCUCAUGCAGAUCUUGAACAGCACUACACCUCAUUAUAUCAGAUGUAUCAAGCCUAAUGCUGACUGCAAGGCAAUGACGUUUAAAAGAGAAGAGGUUCUCAGCCAGCUUCAGGCAUGUGGAAUAGUAGAAGCCAUCACCAUCAGUGCAGCUGGAUUCCCUAUUAGGGUCUCCUUCCAAAGUUUCAUUGAGCGCUAUGAAAUACUGAGAAAAUCAUGUGGAUCCACUAAAAACAGUGUGUGUGAUAAAAACAGCUAUCAUACUGCCAAGAGAAAAGGGGAGACUCCAGAACAGGAUGACAACAAACCAUUAUGUUCUGUCAUUUACAACAUCCUUCAGAAUGUGAUUAUGGGACAAACUACCACUGAGCGAACAGGGAACAGAUCAGGGAACUCUUCAGUGUACUGUGGCAAAACUAAAGUAUUUAUGACUAAUUCUGUGCUAGAGCAACUUGAAGCUAGAAGAGUACAUGUGUUAAAUGAGAAAGCAUUUUGCAUUCAGUGUUGCUGGAGAAGAUUUAAACAGAAGAAAUUAGCAAAGGAGAGAUGGUCUGCAACUGUCAUCCAAGCAGCUAUUCGUUCCUGGUUAGCCAAGAAUCGCUUCCGAAGGAUGCGCAAGGCUGCUAAUGUUAUAAAGCAUGGCUGGAGGAGAUGGAAAACAAAAAUGGCUGCGUUAGCAGCAGCAGAGUUGGAUGAUGAUGAAGAAAAAGCACCCUUUUUCCCUGGAGCUACGGUGACCUCAGCCAAUUCACCUUGCCCUUUGGAAACAACUUGGCCUCUCAGUGCAAUAAUUAAGUUCUGGCCUCUGGGCCUUGUCCUGUCUGCUGCACCUGUUACUGCGGGGGGACUGCGGAGAGACCUCUCUCUGCUGGCAAGCUUGAAAGUACUUCAGAACGACAGCUACAAGGUGGAAAAUGGUUUCUUUGGUUGUGGCAUCACUUCCGUUAGAGCUCUCCCACAGGGCUCUGUCAAGUUUCACUGUAAGAAGUCUCCCCUGCAUUAUGCAAAUGUCAGUCCCCAUACGGAUGCCUAUUCUGUCACUGGAUUUAACCAAAUUUUAUUGGACAGAAAAAAACUCCUUCCAGCGUAAGUUUUGGCCAUCUUCAUGUACUGUACUUUUCAGGGAAGGACUGCCUGUAAGCUGCUGCUUUCAAAUACUUCAGUCAACGUCCAUAUCUGCUGCUACCUCAGAGCUUUCUAGAGUCAUGCAUUCUAUGUAUCAUAUAAUAUACUUCAAAUUUAGAACAAGCUGGUGGGGGGCAUUCCUCCUCUGACACAUAUGCACAUAUUAGAGGAUAUGUCAGUACUAUGAGAACACUUGACAUAAUUAAAAUAGAUCAAGUACUUUAAACAAUGUAUACUUGAACAGAACACUUUAGCACUACAUGGGAGAAGCAAGAGGCUGGUAAUGAGAUAGCAAAAAAUGCAAACACUUUUGUUCUCUGCUGGAUUCUCAUCAGGAGAUACAAACAACUAUUCUGAUUGACCACACUAGUGUUCAGUAUUAUCCUAACACUUCUGACAGUGACUGAGAAAGUGAGUAGCAGUCAAAUAUAACACUGAGGGCAGAUGUCUCAGGGAAAAGUGAGAUUGUACUCUUGUUUUUUGUCUAUGGGACCAAAAUCUAUGUAAUCUCACAACUGCCAUGAUUUUUGAGCACUACCUAGUCACUAACAUCAAUUCUGCCAAGGCACUAAGGUUCUCGGUUCUCAUCAGAGGAGCUUUAUACAGUCUCUUUUUGUUGCUCGCGUGGAUCUUGAAAACAUUUAGGUCACCUGUGUACGCCACUUUUAAAUAAACUGUUAAAUAUCUUGCAAAUUAACAAGAA